AAAGGGAAGUCGAGCUCUAUGAGUUUAUUGGCUAGUCUUACCUUGGCUUAGACCUUUUGUAGCUUGUUUGUCAAUUGUCAACGUCAUUCAACCUAUCACGCGUCAAAUGCCAAAGUCAUGUGUUUUGCUUUCAUAUUCUUGGUCAGGUGAUUUUUCAAGUUUUCCACCCUUUUGUCUUAUAUUUUGAAAAUAAGAAUUAAAUCAACAUGGCUUUACAUUCAGCACAAAAAGGCAAACUGAUAUCUGUUAUUGGAGAUGAGGACACCUGUGUCGGAUUUCUCUUGGGCGGAAUAGGUGAAAUCAAUAAAAACAGACACCCUAAUUUCAUGGUAGUUGAUAAAAAUACGGCAGUAAGCGAGAUAGAAGAGUGCUUUAAAAAAUUCGUAAAGAGGGACGAUAUUGAUAUUAUUUUGAUCAACCAGAACGUUGCAGAAAUUAUUCGACACGUUAUAGACAGUCACAAUGCUCCAAUACCUGCAGUUUUGGAGAUUCCUUCAAAAGAUCAUCCUUAUGAUGCCAGCAAGGAUUCUAUCUUGAGACGUGCAAAGGGUAUGUUCAAUGCAGAUGACCUUAUUUAAACAGCAAGAAUUUGGGAUAUAUUUCAGUAUUUUAUAUCGACUAAAUGUUGUUAAUUGUCUUAGAUGUCAAUGUCCAAAUGUAUUAUUAAUCCUGAUUAUUUUAUGCAUUCCUUUUGGAAUAUGUAAUUAUGGUUCGUAAAAAAUGUAGAAACAUUUAUGCAAUGGUUAGAUAUGAAAUUGUUCUAUGAUUUAGUUUAGUUAAAUGAACUAUAAAAUUGUUUGAAAAAUU